AACGGAAUUACUCAUAAACUGAACAUCCUCGGUAAAAGAAAACGCAUCAGGACCAUAAACCGGUCACGUUCACGGCCCGGAAAGCCGUAAAUGGGUCCCAGCAGCCGCAAUCGAUCACCACUGUUAGUUGUUCUUUUCGUCCCUCUACUGUGCCGGGCCCUCUAUUUAAACCCUUUGCUUGGAUUGAAGGAAACAAAAGGAAUCAUAACAAAUGGCGUCUUGGAAUUCAGUUCAUCUUGAGGUUCUGUACAACGUUUUGGGAUGGGUCGCCUUUGUCUCUUGGUCCAUCAGUUUCUACCCUCAAGUCAUCCUCAAUUUCCGAAGGAAAAGCGUGGUGGGAUUGAAUUUCGAUUUUAUAAUACUCAAUUUGACCAAGCACUCGUCGUAUCUGAUUUACAAUGCUUCUCUGUUCUUUAGCCCGGCCGUGCAGAGGCAGUACCGUGAGAAAUUUGGUUUCAAUCAGAUGAUACCAGUUGCUGCUAAUGAUGUGGCUUUCUCCAUGCACGCUGUCCUACUGACUGCCUUUACCUUGUUUCAGAUUGUAAUUUAUGAGUGUGGAAAUCAGAAAAUCUCCAAAGUCUCAAUCGGAAUUGUUUCUGCAGCCUGGUUAUUUGCUGCGGUUUGUGUCUGUAUUGCUAUACCCAGACAUUCAUGGUUGUGGCUGGUCUCCUUUUGUUUCAACAAUAUUCAGGUUGUUAUGACGAUCAUCAAAUACAUUCCUCAGGUUGUCUUGAAUUUCCGGCGAAAAAGCACAGUUGGGUUUAGCAUCGGCAACAUCUUGCUCGAUUUUCUCGGAGGGGUGACUAAUUAUUGCCAGAUGGCUGUUCAAUCCAUAGACCAGAAUUCAUGGGUGAACUUCUAUGGAAACAUAGGAAAGACAAUGAUAUCUUUGGUUUCAAUCUUUUUCGAUAUCCUCCUCAUAAUCCAGCAUUACGUGCUGUAUCGCCCCAAGAAAAAUGACGUUCAGUCGGACCCAAAUGUGGUCAGCAAGGAUCCACUUCUAGAAACCACUGAUCCUCUUUCUGACAAUCCCUUCCAAAACCAUCAAACGCUCUCACCCCACAANGCCCUUUACACCCCGCGGCCGAAAUCCGGAAUCCCCAGCGGGCCGCCAACCGCAGGCCUGUUCACGAAGGUCCCCUCCAAGCCCACCAACCACUCCAAGUUCACCGGCAAGUGCGGCCGACCCCAGUGCCGCGGUUGCCACGUCGGGCCCGCCUGCAAGUCGAGGGGCAAGGCCAAGGGGGCCCACAAGGCCAGAUCCGCGGCGGCUGACUACUCGGAGGACGAGGAUUACUAUGACGACGGAGAUGACUACGACCGCGAUUUAAUUGAAUCCGACCGUCGUUCGUGGUGCGCCAGAUCUAGAUCGCCGCCUCCGGUUAGAUCCCCGUCUCGCGGUAAGUUGGAGAUUGUUGAUGAAUUGUCGUCACGCGAUCAAUUGGAGAUUGAUGUUGAAUUGUCGUCUCGCGAACAAUUGGAGAUUGAUGGUGGAUCGUCGGUUGAGAGUGUCGAUGACGAUAAGAUGAGUUAUUGCGAAGUGGGGAUAUUGUGCGGAUCGGAGGAUGGGGAUGAGAGUUGGUGUUUGGUUGACGAGAAAAACGUGACUUGCUCUUAG